AUGAGCGGCCCCGGCGUCGGAUUCGAGUAUCCUCCCCAGGAGAUCUCAUGGCUGCAGCGCGAUGUGCUGCUCUUUGCCAACACCAUUGGCGCCACAGUCGAUGAGCUUCACUUCCUUUACGAGCUUCACCCCAAGUUCGCCGUCUUCCCUACCUACUCCCUGAUCCUCCCCUUCAAGGGCAAUUCGCAGGAAACGAUCGACUUCUACGCUGCGCAAAAGGCCAUCGCUAUUCCUGGAGUUCCCGAAUUCGAUGCCCGUCGCGUCGUUGACGGCCAGCGCAAGAUUGAGUUCUUCAAACCCCUUCCCACAUCCUCGGUCGGCCGCAAGUUCGAGGUCCGCUCCAAGGUCCUCGGCGUCUACGACAAGGGCCGUCCUGGCACUGUCAUUGAGACGCAGACAGACAUUGUCGACGUCAACUCGAACGAGGUCUACUCGCGCGUCGUCGGCUCGGGCUUCUACAUCGGCCAGGGCAACUGGGGCGGCCCCAAGGGCCCCGCGACGGAGAACUUCCCGCCGCCCAAGGGCAAGGCGCCCGACGCCGUGCUGACGCACCAGACCAAUGCCCAGUCGGCGCUUCUGUACCGCCUGAAUGGUGACUACAACCCGCUGCAUGCGACGCCCGAGCCCGGCAAGAAGAUGGGCUUUGGCGGCGCCAUCAUGCACGGCCUGUACUCGUGGAACGCGACGGCGCACGACCUGCUCAAGGCACUCGGCGGCAGCGACCCCGCGAACAUCAAGGAGUACCAGGCCCGCUUCGCAAGCCCCGUCAUGCCCGGCGACAAGCUGUCGACGAACGUCUGGAGGACUGAUGACAUCCAGCAUGGAUGCGAAGAGAUUCGCUUCGAGACCAAGGUUGAGGGCGGCAAGGUUUGCCUUAUUAACGCUCGCGCGCUGUUGAUGCCCGUCGGCGACCUAAGUCGAAGCUGA